AUGAGUAAUGAGGAUUAAAGUAUCGAAGUACUUUAAAAUAAAUACGUAGUAAAUUUAAACCAAAUGCUUGGAUAAGUAAAAUUGAAUAAAUACAUAUAUUGAAGGGAAGUUUUGCAUCUGUUUAUAAAGGGCAUAUGUUUGAUAAUAAGAAUGAAUUAAUUGCAAUUAAGAUUAUUGAUAAGAAGAAAUUUUAAAACAAAAAGAAUCGAAAGAAUUUUAUAUAAGAUUAUAUAAAUAGAGAGAAAGUUAAUUAAUAGUAAUUAUAAAGUCCUAAUGUCGUAAAGUAUUGUUUUUUUUAUAUAAUUAGAAUGAUUGAUGUAAUUGAGGAUGAUGAUAAUUGUUGUUUUAUAUUAGAGUUUUGUGAAGGGGGAAAUCUUCAAAAAAAAUUAGAAAAAGGGGCACUUCCAUAAGAGGAGGCACUAUAAAUUUUUAAAUAAGUUGUAAAUGGAUAUAAAGAAUUAAGAGAUAAAAAUAUAAUUCAUAGAGAUCUAAAACCAGAAAAUAUUCUAUUUUCAAAAAAAAUUGCUAAAAUAGGAGAUUUUGGGUUUUCUAAAUUUUUAGAUGAUCUUGAUUAAACUAUUCUUCAAUCAGGAGUUGGAACACCUUAUUAUGCAGCACCAGAAAUUAGGACUGGUCAUUUUUCAUCUAAAGCAGAUAUUUGGUCUUUAGGAUUAAUAUUUUAUUAUAUGAUAUAUGGUUCACUUCCAGUAGAGAUAUUGAAAUAAGUAAAUUAUAAAGAAUAAAAAAUUGAUGUUCUUGAAUGUCCAGAAAAUAAGAAAAUUCCUGGAGAUAUUAUAGAUUUAUUGAAGAAAAUGCUUGUUGUGAAUCCUGAUAAAAGAAUGUUUUGGGAUGAAUUAUUUGCAGAAAAUCUAUUACAUUUAAUAAUACCUUAAAAUAAUGAAAUUUUAGAUUAAAUAAGUGAAUAGAAAGCUAUUAUAAUGAAAUAAACACUUUAAAAUGAAAAUAAGGUGGAAAAUAUUUAUUAAUAUUUCAUUUAUAUUUUAGAUAUUUUAUAGUUCAUCAGAUAGAUAAUCAUAGAUGUAUAAAUACUUCGUGAUGCUGUAAUGUUUUCUAGGGAGUAAUAAUUAAGUUUUUUGAUAAUUACUAUAAAGUACAUGGUGAAUGAAUUGAAAUUCUAUUAAGGAAUCCUUAAAGGAUAGGUAAAUUCUAAUAAUGUCUAGAUUAGAGUUUGUUCUCAAUAUAAAUUCUUCCUUCUGAUUUUGAGUUAUUUAAGAAAAGUGAUAAAUAUUAUUCAAUACUUCAAAAUUAUAAGAAAAAUUAUGAGAAUUAGAAAUAAUUUUAUAAUCAAACUAAAGAGAAAUUUGAUAAAUUCUUAAUUUCUGAAUAGAAGAAUGAAAAUUAAAAUAAGGUAAAUAUAAGUUUAUUUAAAAUAGUUUAAUAAUAUAAUUGAGGCACUUGAAUAAGAUGAAAAUAAUCAAAAGUUUUGUUAAACAUACAAUGAAAUUUAUAGUUAAAUAUUGAUGCACAUUUUAUCACAUUAUAAGAAUAAGCCAAUUACAUAAGAAGAAAACUCUAAACUAUUUAAAAUGUUAAUUAGAUUAUUACAUUGUUUUUAACCACUUUAAUUAAGUCAUCAUAUAUUUGAUCCAUUUAAAAUUGAAGAGAAAUUACUAACUUCAUCAGGUUUAGAAAAAGAGUUUAAAGAUCUUUAUGAAAAAUUAUUUAAUAAAUGA